AUGGAUCCGUCGCAAGUGAAGAUCCCCCCCAUGAAAGACAUGACAGUCGACAACAUCACCGAAAAUGUACACCUGAUCAACUCGCAGUGCGCCGACCCGCGGCUGAAGUACGUGCUGGAGCGGCUGGUGACGCACCUGCACGACUUUGCGCGCGAGACGCGCCUCAGCACCAAGGAGUGGAUGGCGGGACUCCAGUUCCUGACAGAGGUAGGCCAGAUCUGCACCGACGUCCGACAAGAGUUCAUCCUCCUCUCCGAUAUCUUGGGUCUGUCCAUCCUGGUCGACAGCAUCGACCAUCCCAAACCCGCGGGUUCAACAGAGGGGACCGUCCUGGGGCCCUUCCACACACACGAAGCCGAAGAACUACCGCACGGAGACUCCAUGUCGCACGAUCCAAACGGCGAACCGUUACUGGUCGUCUGCACUUUGAAAGACACGGCGGGAAAUCCCAUCUCAGACGUGAAGAUCGAUAUCUGGGAGACAGAUUCCACGGGCCACUAUGAUGUCCAGUAUCCUGACCAUGAAGGACCGGACGGGCGGUGCAUCAUGCGCAGCGACGCAGAGGGGAUCUUCUGGUUCAAUGCUAUCACGCCGGUGCCCUAUCCGAUCCCGCACGAUGGACCCGUGGGCAAGCUUCUGAAACGCCUGCAUCGUCACCCCUACCGUCCCUCGCAUAUGCAUUUCAUGUUUGAAAAGGAGGGGUACGACCAUCUCAUUACUGCCCUCUAUCUUCGCAAUGAUCCGUACGAAACCUCCGACGCCGUCUUCGGAGUCAAGGACUCGCUCGUCGUCGAAAUCGGCAAAGCUGACGCCCGCAUCGCGGCAAAAUACGGCGUCAAGGAGGGCCACGCCCUGCUCACCUAUGACUUUGUGCUGGUCUCCGAUGAACAGACUAGUGCCCUGCGGGAUCAGAACUCGCGUGACGCCCUGGAUAAGUUGGGCAGGAAGGUGAAGAUUGUCAACGGCUUGCCGAUUCCAGACCUGGACUAA